UCGGGUUCAGUGCUGUGGUUUAGUUGGGCACGAUCGAGUCGCGCGCGUACGAAACUUUUAAACGUGGUUCGUCGAGUGAUCGUGCGUGACUUGGCUUGGUACCGUCGUCGUCGUGGUCUUGGAAGAUAAAAUAAACCGGGUCCUUUGGAGGCAGGUUUACCCAUAAGUACAGUCUCAGUGAGUGCAAAGUAGGGACCAAAAAUAAGCAGAAAUUGCAUGUGUGAUUUGAAGGCCGUUCGUUCGGAGGCACGUCUAGCGCGACGAAACGUUGAUUGAUGGUUUUCUUCGAUGAAGUUGUGGUGUGAAAAGUGAGAGUAAUACACAGAUCGAGUGAUUAACGCGCUGUAAAGUUGCCGUGCAGUUAGAUCCGCAACGGACUCUGAAAUCGCGUGGAAGGAAGCGAAAAGAUAUAUUGCUAUUCUGUGAUACUUUGUGUGGAGGCUUUGGAAGGUGCUGAUUCGGAAUCGAGAGUGGAUAUAGCGGAUGAGCUGUGAUUAGCUGAAAUUGUGAUUAAUAUUUAGUAGCAAAAUGACCGCAACAUCCGCAGCGAAAAAGAGCGACUCCAAAUGGAACCUGGACCCGGUGCAGAGGGCCAUGGGCCAGCUCGGCUGGUGGCACAUCUUGGUUUGCGCGGUGGUGUUUCCGCUGAAGUUCCCCGUGGCGUGGCAUCAGAUGGGCAUCAUCUUUCUGGGGGCGGCCAUGAACUACACUUGUGCGUCCAACAGCAGCCUGGAUCGGUGUAGCAGCGAGUGCACCAGCUGGAACUACGACACCAGCGUGUUCCGUUCCACCAUCGUGAGCGAGUGGGAUCUGGUGUGCGAAAAAGCCAACUUGGUAAACCUGUCGCAGACCAUCUUCAUGUUUGGCAUUCUCGUCGGCGGCGUGCUGUUCGGGUCGUUGGCUGACAAGUUCGGUCGGCGACCUCCACUGGUGAUUGCGGUUAUAAUCCAGCUGAUUAGCGGUGUAGCAGCGGCUUAUAUCCCGUGGUUCUGGGGAUUCGUAGUUCUGCGAUUUAUUACGGCAGUUGCCACGGGAGGCACCAUGGUUACCAGUUUCGUAUUGGUGAUGGAGAUCAUUGGCCCGAAAUGGCGUGAGCUGUUCUCCGUCCUGUACCAGAUUCCGUUCAACCUGGGUCACUUGACGCUGGCUGGUUUCGCGUACUUCCUCCGCGAUUGGCACCAUCUGCAGUUCGGACUGUCGAUCUUCUCCCUUCUGCUGGUGUCCUACUACUGGUUGGUUCCGGAAUCUCCUCGAUACCUGUUCACUUCGGGCAAUACAGAUAAGGCUGUGGAGCUGUUGGAAACGGCCGCGAAACGAAACAACCUGCCAACGGAACACAUCCGAGGCGAUGUGGAGCAGUACGCUAAGACCAAAACCCACGGAGGUGUGGCUAAGGGUAAUUUGUUUGACCUGUUCCGGACGCCAAACAUGCGUGCCAAGACUCUGUUCAUGUGCUUCAACUGGUUCGUUUGCGGGCUGGCUUUCUUCGGUGUGGCGCAGUACAUCGGCCACUCGGGUGGUGACAUCUACACUAACGUAGCUAUCGGAGCGGCACUGGAACUUCCGGGAACAUUGAUCUGCAUCUACAUGAUGAAAGCCUACGGUCGCAAGAAGACAUUGAUCACCUCGAAUACUCUGACCGGUUUGACCAUGUUGGCCAUCGCCUUCGUGCCUUCGACUGUGACAUGGCUGAAUGUAGGCCUGGCCUCUAUCGGUCUCGUUGGAAUGAGCAUAUCUUUCCCAACGGUAUAUCUGUACGCCGGAGAGCUGUUCCCAACGGUAGUGCGGAACGUGGGAAUCGGAACCGCCUCGAUGAUUGCCCGUAUCGGCUCUAUGAUUGCGCCGUUUGUCGCCGGAAUGGGCGUCAUUUCCCACUGGCUGCCCCCGAUGAUCUUCGGUGUUACCCCACUGAUCGGAGCCUUCUUCGUGUUCUUCCUUCCGGAAACGCAAGGACACCCUCUACCGGAAACUAUCGAAGAUGGCGAAAACUUCGGCAAGCGAAAUCGACAAUCAGAUGGCGUUGAGAAUGGAAAACACUAGAUCGAAAACCUCGCCCGGACCGGACAACCCCCGACUUUCCUAUUAGUAUGUACAUGCGCCACAGAUUAGUGCAUUUGAUGCGCACCAGCCGCGCCCCACAAGCCACUCUAUUUUACUUUUAAACCAGUUUUAGUAAGUUAGCGACCAGUUAGUGAUGUUUAAAAUCGCGGACCACAGGACGAAGAAUCUUUUUCACGUGUAGGGAAUCGCGCUACUUGGGCGGUGGCUUCUAUAUUCGUCUGUUUUCCACUAUAACUCAGUCAAUCUUGAACCAAUUGACACAAUUCUUGGAAUGCGGUGAGAUAGGUAUAGUAUCUACCCGUGUACAAAAUUUCAAGUCAAUCGGUUCAAAAUUGACCGAGUUACAGUGGAAAACAGACGAAAAUAACAGACGAAGAAAACCACCGCCCAAGUAGCGCGAUACCCUAUAAAUAAAACGACGAUAAUGACGACAAUUGAAUGAGAUCUUAUGUAUCACCAAAAAGUGCCCUAAUACGAAUGAUAUUGUUGUGUAAGUGUUCCGAACAAAAUAAAAGGACAAUUUUUUAA